UGCAGCCGGCGCCCGCCGGGGUCGCGCGCAAACUUCCCGGGCCGGCGGGCGCGGGCGGCGGCGGCGGGGCCCGGAUGGGCGCCCGGGCCGGCGGCGGCGGCGCCCAUGGACGCUAACCGCCCGGGCGCGUUCGUGCUGAGCAGUGCGCCGCUGGCCGCGCUACACAACAUGGCCGAGAUGAAGACGUCGCUGUUCCCGUACGCGCUGCAGGGCCCGGCCGGCUUCAAGGCGCCCGCGCUGGGCGGCCUCGGCGCGCAGCUGCCGCUCGGCACCCCGCACGGCAUCAGCGACAUCCUGGGGCGGCCCGUGGGCGCGGCGGGCGGCGGCCUCCUGGGCGGCCUGCCCCGUCUCAGUGGGCUCGCCUCGUCGGCCGGCGUCUACUUCGGGCCCGCGGCCGCCGUGGCGCGCGGCUACCCCAAGCCUCUGGCCGAGUUGCCCGGGCGCCCGCCAAUCUUCUGGCCUGGCGUGGUGCAGGGCUCGCCCUGGAGGGACCCGCGCCUGGCCGGCCCGGCCCAGGCCAGCGGGGUCCUGGACAAGGACGGUAAGAAGAAGCACUCGCGGCCGACCUUCUCGGGCCAGCAGAUCUUCGCGCUGGAGAAGACUUUCGAGCAGACCAAGUACCUGGCGGGGCCGGAGCGCGCGCGCCUCGCCUACUCCCUGGGUAUGACCGAGAGCCAAGUCAAGGUGUGGUUCCAGAACCGGCGGACAAAGUGGCGCAAGCGGCACGCCGCGGAGAUGGCGUCGGCUAAGAAGAAGCAGGACUCGGACGCCGAGAAGCUGAAGGUGGGCGUCUCGGACGCGGAGGACGACGACGAGUACAACCGGCCCCUGGACCCCAACUCGGACGAUGAGAAGAUCACGCGGCUGCUCAAGAAGCACAAACCCUCGAACUUGGCGCUGGUCAGCCCGUGCGGUGGCGGCGCGGGGGACGCCUCGUGAGGACGCGGCGGCAAGGCCGGACAACCAGGGUACGGGACGCGGGCCGGCGCCUCUCGCCAGCCGCCCGCGCCGGAGUGUGUAUAUAUAUUUUUACAGAAUAAGUUAUAAAGCGGCCUGGCUCGGGCUCGGCGUGCGGGGACCCCAGAGCGCCCGCGUCCCUGUCCUCGGCGUGGGCGCGGGAUCGGGACCGCCGCUGCCGCGCGUCCUGAGAGGAAUCACUUUGUAUAAUCAAUAAAUUAUUUAACACGUCCCCCGUCGGAGCCGUGGCUCCCGAGGCUGCACCGCGUGUUUCUUCCUUAUCGAAAACCACGGGCGAGGCGCGGUGGCGCGGCCUUCUGCCUCUGCCGGGCCCUGUGUCCCGGGUCCCCUUGUCCAGUCUUCAAUGCCGCGGGGUCCGCGCCUUCGGCCGAAGGGGCGCCUGGGUCUGGCGCAGGUCCGGCUCAGAAUCGGGGUGCGAUGGAGUCCCGGUCGCCUCGCGCCCCGGGUUGCCCCGGUGGCAGCAGCUCGCAGGACCGAGGGCACCGCGAGGCCCGGCGCGGGGAAGGCGGCCCCGCCCGAGAACCCUCGGGCUGCCGGCCAAGGGAAGGGGCCGCCCGGGGCCGAGGGCCGGGAAGAGCCAGGACUCAGCGAGCGGGAGCGGAGCCGA